AUGGCAGAACCGAAAAAUCUUCUCAUCCCAAUGAAACUAGAUGCUUUCGUUUUCAACGAAGCAGUGUGCAAUGGAGGACCCAAGGACGCCAAAAUCGCGCCUAUCAUCCAGCCCAACUAUACUUCUCUCAGACUCAACGACUAUUUGGUAGAACCAGAUAUUCUAGAUCAUACGGACCUCCACAAUGCAUCGCCUGCGGAUCGCAAUUCUCGGUUUACAGAUUUGGGAACAAAUUUACCUCGAACGAAUAGACAAGGCGUCUAUCUUCAUUGGCUACUACCACGCCCAUAUCGAGGGGGAACAGCAGCGACAGAAUCUUCUAAUCAAUCGGAGAAAGCCCUUCACAAGAAAGGUCUUCGGGUCCAAGAUGACAAGAACAAACAGGUGGAUGUAAGCGCACCUCAGUUUCCGGCAGUACCCAACCGUUGGUUGGUAAUUCGAAAACUCGACCCGAAGGCGAGUUCCACGGUGCCUACGAAUACUUCGAUCGCGCCUGUCCAAGCUUGGGUGGUUGAAAGUGACCGGCGCCAUAAUAUAGACAAUUUGGGCGCCAAUGUCGAUCUUCAAGUCGAUGUUGCUCCGUUCAUUACUUCUGUCCUACAAAACAGCCAAAGUAGUGAGGAUAUACGGCUGGAUGAACAAGCCGAAGUCUUUAUUGGUUAUAGAGAAGAUGCUUCGACUUGGAAGGAGACAUAUAGUGCAAAGCCACGAGUUGGCUUGACGGUUGCUAGUAGUUCAAAUCAACUUUUUCCAGAUCUUCAAUAUCAUUGUGGAAAUGUCUUUUCUAUGCUUGAUACAUUUGAAUAUGCUGAAAAUGGAGCUAAGAAAACGUUGGUGUCAGCGAAAGCUGACUACUACGUUAUUGGUUGGAAAGCCGAAUCCGCGAACGAUAUCCUCUUUUCUGACCCAAGUCAUGCGAUAAGCCGGCAGGAUAGAUUAGCCGCAUUGAAUAUGCGACUCAAUGACCAAGAGAAUGCCGUAGGGAGCAUCGCUGACUGGCUGAAGUCUACUGAUUCUUCCCGAACGCUCUGUCAUGGCGCCAUGUAUGACGUCGAAUGGAAGGGCAGUGCGCUCCCUACAACCGUCCUGGCGAAUAAAUUCUCAGAGAAACUCAAUGAAGAUAUGCCAAUAGCAAUUGGAACAACCCCGAUGGACUCAAUUCUGGCGUAUGUCAAUGCGCAUCACCAACCGGAUGGCUCUCUAGCAGAUAAUCUUAACAGUUUAGCUCCAUUGCUGCGGGCGCAAGAUGAUUCUCUGGACUCUCUUAUUUCUGCGGCGGAUGAGGUUCAAAGCCACAACUUUGCACACUUUGAUGGCGGAUCACAGUUCACCUUUGCGGAUACGGAAAACGCAAAAGAGCCAGCUAAGGCCCCGUCUGAUCCGGAUAAAAAAAAUAUGAGGGAACUUAAUUCUGCACAACGGUUUCUGGAUGCCAUUUUAAGGAGAAUGCAACAACUUAGGUGGAAUCUGUUUUCCGUUUGGUGGAAAUUCAUAUCAGAUCAUGAUAAUCUUAAUGGCAGAAGAGACGACGCUUACAGGGCGGAAGUCGCAGAUAUUAAUGAUUUACUCACAGCCUUAGCAGCCGCCCGAGACAACGUGCAGAGGCUUAUAAACGGCUGGAUUGGUGUAAAUACACAAUCUCUCAGGUCGAACCCACAGUCACAACGGAUAACAGAAAUCGAUAUCGAAGCCCGCUUCGGGGUCCAGCCGAAGAAAGGUACCCUUAUUCGGUUUUCACAACAAAGAGAUCCGACUCUUUUGAUCGGUGGAGUCGGAUCUGGCUGGCCUCGCGAUUUUCAAGAUAAAUUACUGGCUCGACUGGAUAAUCAAGUCAUUACUCAACCAGAUAACCCCGAACUUGGAAAGCCCUAUGGUUUGGAUUGUCUCCCAUCCGAAAUUCAAGGUAGUGGAUCUUCUGCCGUGAAAGAAUUCUUGCUGCUCGCUCAGAAGACCUCCUUUGAGGAAAGCCCCGCUGGAAAAUACUUUCCACUAUAUCACGAUGGCCAAUCCUCAGACAGUCCAGGCCCCACAAAUCCCUGGCGAGAUCGAUGGGCUUCUACCCAGCCGUGGUUUCCACUCUACGUGGAAUGGGAAGCGGAAUAUACCCAUAUCCCUUUCGCUUCCUGGGAGAUCAUGGAACGUCCUAGCAGGUUCCCUCCACCAGAUAAUAAAUACACGUAUGGGCUCAUCCUCGAUGUUCGGGAUAAGUACAAAGAAGAUGUACGACUAAUUUCUGGUCGGAACCUAAUACUCCCGCAGCCGAGCUUCAAUCUUAAAGCUCAGAUAGAGCAGUUGUUCAGCAGUGUACCUCCCACAGAAUUGGACAAAUACCUUGACAAAACCCGGCGCGAGGACCUAAAGAAGAAUCUUGACAAGAUGGCGUAUCUUUCUUGUCCACUAGAGGGGCUGACCCACCAUCUCACAACGACGUAUAGCGGUAACCAUGUAAAGCCGCUAGUUCGUGAGCCUGGAGUCGCCCCGAGGCCACUUAGGGAUGCAAGAGAUGCUGCUAUCAGGAUAGGCCUCACUAUGGAGAAACUAGCUCUGAUUGAUAAAGAGUCCGAUCCGACUCCUUACGGUCCGAACGGCAGUCUCCUCGAUCUACAACUUCCCGCCUUUAAGCCGGCUACACAUGGCCAAUUACGGUUUAGAAAGAUAAAUAUAGUUGAUAAAUUCGGCCAAGCAAUCCAUGCGAUUGAUCCUAAAGCAAAAGAGGGUAGUCUUCCUGUGUAUCCUUGCGUCAGCGAGUUCUACUCCCCACAGCCCGUUUCACAAUCGAAAAAUAUACCAAACGUAGUAGAUCCGUCAAGGUCUGAUAAACCGGGUCACUGCGAAUUCAUCCAACUCCCGCCAUAUAUCAACCAACCUGCCCGGCUGAACUGUACCUUCGUCAUGCAUGACGAAAAGGGAGAGGCUGGGUCCUACUGGCGACCUUCCCUGGAAUGGGAGAAUCCGAUUUGGGGGUGGGUAGUGGUUAACUAUGUUGACCAAGGGCUACAGCUAUAUCAACCCGACGGUACAUUUUAUAGAGAAGUAAGGGUAACACAAGGUACCAAUGGUUCUACGAAAUGGUUGCCGUUCGAUCACCAGAGGUCGGCAACUGAAGGAACAAAAUCUCAGCUUGACCGACUCAUCGAUGAGUUGUUGAGUAAGGAUCAGAUAUACCUUCUAUCUUUCGUUGAUAUGAUCACGGAUGCCCUGGACAGAACGACUGUGCCGCCUAGUUCAUAUGGUCAGUUUGUCAAUGCUUUAGUCGGACGGCCAUUGGCGCUGGUAAAUAUGGGAUGGUCCCUUGAGCUCGCGACAGCUCCCAAAAAGACACAAUCCACGUUGAACAAUCAGAAGAACUUGAGUAAUCCAUGGGGUCUACUCCCAGAUCCCCAAAACCUCAAAGUUUAUUCUUUCCCUGUUAAGUUUGGCGAUAAGGGGCGGGCAAAUGACGGUCUCGUUGGAUAUUUCAAUUCUUUCGACCAAUUCACUCGCCGUCCCGACGACGACCUUCAGCUUAAAAAGAUCUAUACAUAUUUCCAAAAGAACCCACCCGAUGAUCCUGACAAGAAAAGCCCCAUCAAGAUAAUCAAUAACGAAAACUAUCCCCAUUUUAAAUGCUGGUGGCUCGACCUUAACGAUAAAAACGCAGGAUUCCUUGCAAAAGAUGGACAUCUAGAGUUUGAAAGGCAGAGAAACAAAAGACUUCAAGUCUACGGCGCUUUAAUUGAUCCUUUCCUUCCGGUUACAGCAUACACAAGUCUUCUGCCGGUCCAAUCUUUAAAACUUCCAACGUGGACAUGGGAAUCCGCAUUAAAGAAAAUGACCGGGUUCUUUCACGCAGGUCCCAUUAUCCUGGAUACCGAUAUUCCGGAUUUCAUGCCAAGUAAAAAGCUUAGUAGCGAGGAUAGUCAGUAUCUCAAAAAUGAACCGGUUGAAGCCACGGCGACAAAGGUUCCGGCGCUUCCGGUUGCUGAUUGGGCUUGGCUUCAGCCGUAUACAGAGGGAUUCAUGGCUUUGGAUAUUAGUAAGGAACAAGCGAAGUUGAACCUUGAGAAGGGGCCGAAGACAGCGAUUGAAGGUUAUUUGCAGAUGAGGGCUCCGAUUGUGGAGGAUAAGCAGCCUAAAAAAGAAAAAAUAUGA